AUGGAGAACGACACAUUGGUAAAAACGGCUAUCGAAGAAAAUGACCGCAUCAUGGAGUGCUGUGGAUUCGUGAGCGAUCGUGAAUCACUUCCAGAUUCUCUAGAUUACGAAGACUUCGACGGCCAUGGGACACAUGUCACCAGGUUGAUAUUGAAAGCAGCCCCAUCAGCAGAAAUCUUUAUAGCCAAGAUAUCUAAUGGUCGUAACAUUGAACCUCAACGUCUUGACAUCAUAGCAAGGAGGGGUGAUGGUGUCCUGGCAAUCCAUGCGAGCGAUGGCCUGGGCAAUGAUGGUGGGAUUAGUCCCACGCCGAUGAAGAACCGCGAAAACUUCUCGACGCUAGGUAUAGCAAUCCCGUCGAAGUGGAAGAAACAAGCUGUUGACAUUUCCGGGACGUCCUAUGCCACGCCUAUUGCCGCAUCAUUUGCAGCGAAUAUGCUUGAACUGGCCCGAUGCAAGGUCGAUUUGAGCGAACAUCAGCAGAAUAUGCUCCGCAAAUACAACGGAGUUCGUCAAAUCCUUCAGCUCAUGGUUGGAAAGGACAUCCAGCCGCGCGGCGGUUACGAUUAUAUUGUGCCGGAAAUUAAUAACAAGUUGGAAGAGAGAUCUCGGUUGCUUAUAGACGAGAUGUUCAAUUAA